UCAACGAACUAUAAAGGAAAAGUGGAGGUGUAUCUCGUGUCUUUAUUCAUUUUGUCUUCCAGUUCAUAUCUCUUAUACUAUGGCUAAACGGCAUUGGAGGGCAAUCCUCCUGUUCGGGAGUACCGCAACUCCUGUCCUGUCGGAUUCAAAAUUUAUGGUUGUUCUUUCACUGGAUUUACUGAAGUAUGUAGUACAACUUGCUCUACUCGAAUGAGUUUACGAUACAGUCCUCUGGACCUCAUCGAAACCGAACCGGUGGAGUCAUUUCUUUGCACUCUCGAUGACAUAGAGAAACUGAAACCUACCCUUAAUAUGUCAUCUAUCUUUGAACCAUUCAUAUCAAUUCCUCCUUUUCUUCUUCUUCAAUACUUUUUUCAUGACUUGCGUUUCUACUUCAUCUGAGACAGCGGAAAUUUCUCCGUAGGACUAACUGGAGGACUUUGCUCCCUAGAUUAGAACCAGUUGCGACUGCGAUAGUAAUAGAAAAAGGCACUCGAAGGGCUUUCUCCGGACUCUCCUCCGCGAAACCAGUCUCCGGCGUUUCUGAGACCACGGGACUGAAAAAGUCUCAUGUCCGCCGCGGACUUCAGGACUCUUACACUGCUGAGUCCUGCGGUCCGCCGCAGGCCCCAGAAAUCUCAAAGGCCCCUGUGGAGAACCCGCCUCAUGCAUCUUUCAUUCAAGAAGCAAUUAUUCCUCCUUUUCUUCUUCAAUUUUUUUUUCUCCAACAAUCUUCUUACUCUUUUCUACUUCUACUCGCGACCUCUUUCAUUCCCCCCACGAAGAACCUGAAAUGCGAGGGUACCGAAAAAGAGGUCGCAGACUGUGGCAAUGUGGCCUGUGAUAGCUGUUAUCCUCAGGAUUGCGAAUGGGAAUCUUGGAGCUCAUUUGGCGCUUGUACAUGCGAGGGGUUGAUGGAAAGGCAUAGGUACGUUGUACUCUGAUUCGUUUCCUACUAUGUAUUAAUUGUAGUGGUUAUUUAGAACAUCAUGAAUGUGGUCUUGGUCAUCGUCAUGGUGAAGAUGGUCGUGUGAAGCUGAAGGAUUGAUGAUGUAAAACUAACAUCUAUGAUCAUUGAUAAUGUAAAACUAGAUCAUGAUUUCGUCCUUUUUCGUGUAAAUACAGCAUCAAGAAUGUGGUUAUCAAAGACCUAGAACACCCAGCGCGAUGCACUUCUCGACAGGUCAAUCGCAGCCAGCAACAAUGAGUGCGGAAAGCCCUGUGAGGGGCCUAAAGUGGAGACACGGGCGUGCUCACCAGACUGCGUCAAGGAUCCCAUUGAUUGUCGUCUAUCAGAAUGGGGAAGCUGGUCUACAUGUGAUAAAGAAUGCGAUGGCGGACAAACGUAAUUCUGUUUUCUAUUCUUGUGGUUUAGCUGUGAUGUCUCUUCAACCUUUUUCUUAUCGUCGUUAAACGUCCAUUCACAUUCUAAUAAAUAUACCAACCACGUGAAGAUUAUAUAACCUUCAUCACACCAACAUUAUGAUGAUCGAUCUCCCAACACAUCAUAGAUCCCGAACCCGUGAGAUCGUUAAGGAGCCGGCCUAUGGGGGCAAGCCCUGUGAAGGUGGCUUAUCUGAGACCAAGGCUUGUAACAUGCAAAAGUGUCACACGACCGCAGACUGCGUGCUCGCCGACUGGGGCUCAUGGGGCGAGUGCAGUAAAAGUUGCGAUGGGGGACAACAAGAAAGGACGAGGUAUAGUAGGAAAUUCAAACCUCCAAUAUGAUGGUUGAUGGUGCGGUGAGACUGGUGCUGCUUUAUACCGCACCUGUUCCCCUGAAAGUGAAUCUACUUACUCCCGACUUCAUGAGUUAUACAUAGAAAUGAUUUAUCAUAAUCUGUUAACCUCAUCCCUUCCCCUUCGUUAUCGUUUGUCCAUAACCUCAUCCCUUCCCCUUCGUUAGUAGUCCUCUGCUAGACCGGCCUGGCGGCUCUUUUGGUGUUCGCUACCUACUACCCAUGGUGUUCGCUACCUACAUCCCAUGAACUUUCUCGAUCUCUAUCUCAAUGCACCCAGCACGCACCGCACUAGUCAAUAGAAAUAAUUUAUCAUUAUGGGUUAGUCAUAAUCUCAUCCCUUCCCCUUCGUUAUCGUUUGUCCAUAACGAGUCGUGAAAUGCAAAACAACAACACUCGGUGCCUCUAGUGGAGACUCUGGUGCUAGUGAGUUGAAGGGCACUACUACUUAGUUACAACCCUUUCUCGCCCUGUUUAAGUUUAUCCCCCCUACAGCCUUGCUUCUUCUCUACCCCCUCGAGCUACCCACAACCUCGUUUCUUCUUUAGUCCCACUAGCACAACCAGGUCAAUCGAGUCUGCCGCUAAGUUCGGUGGUGAGCCUUGCAGAGACCCCUUGGUGGAAAUGCGUGGGUGCAAUGAGCAGGUAUGUCAGCAACCUGUAGACUGCGUAUGGGGCGAUUGGAAUUCCUGGUCAGCAUGUUCAAAGUCAUGCAAUGGCGGAGAAAAAACCAGAAGUAGGCAAAUUUCCGUCGCACCAUUGGCAGGAGGACAGCUGUGUACUGCCAAUUAUGGAAUGCGAAUAAGCGUUCGCGUUGGCUUUGACUUUGGUUUAGUGAUGUAAAUUUAGUUUCAGAUUUAUUUCUAUCAUCGAUCUACUUCUUGAUCCACGACGACUGGUUUCGAAUUUGUUGUAUAUGCGGCAAUUGUCUUUGUAAUUUGUUGUAUAUGCCCACAGACAACUUUAACCUUCUAAUCCUCGGAAAUGAGCGAAGUAGCAGCCUGUAAUGAGGAGCCAUGCGACACACCAGUGGAUUGCGCAUUGUCAGAGUGGUCCUCAUGGGACGACUGUAGUUGCAGCUGCAACGGAAUCCAUGCACGUGUAAGAUUCAUUGAGACUUACCCAGCAAAAGGCGGCAUGCCUUGCAACGGCAGUUUGAAGCAAGUGCAAGCGUGCAACGUGGAAAGCUGUUUGCCUUUAAGGCCACUAUUUUCGUUCUAGUACUAGAAAAAUGUUGAUCAAUCUGAACCACGACUACCUACUGCUCUUUGUUUCUCUACAGCACAAGAACGAUGUGAGAAUAAUAAGGAGUCAAAGCAAUUUGAUUAUAUUUCCAACUACCUCAUAGUUGUCAUUCUUGUAAUUGUUCUGUGAUUGAACAUGAAUACUUCUAUGAAGAGUAGUUGUACAACCUCUUCCACCACUAGCACCAACCAAACAACAUUCCUCUCUCUAACACCACCAACGACAACAGCAGCACCACCAAUUGACUGCAAGCUAGGUGAUUGGGGAGAUUGGGCGACGUGUUCUGCAACCUGCGGUGGAGGCGAACAGACUAGGAGUCGCCUUGUUGUCCAGCAAGCCAAAUAUGGAGGAGCCAUUUGCCAUGGUACUAAUGCUGGCCUGAUUUGUUGAAUCUCUUCUUUUUGAAAAAAAUUCAGUGAGUAAGAGUAAGACGAGUCAGAGGAGUACUCAUUCAUAGGUGAAAAGCAACUACUCCACUUCUACUAAGGAAAUGAUUCGAAACAUGAUCCGAUCACUACUAGCACCCCAAGAACCACGCCUCCCAGAACUGACAAAAAAAGAGACCAGUCAUCCAAGGCCCUCGUCCACCACACAAGGUGACCUGAAGGAGAUCCGCGGAUGUAAUGCCGCAGUAUGUGAGUUGCCAAAGAAGGAGGUUACGCGGAAGAACUGUGAAUGGAGCAACUGGGACACUUGGGGUGCCUGCUCCGUCAGCUGUGGUGGCGGUCAGAUGGUGCGAGAAAGGCAGGUUAUUUAUGAUCGAGGAACGAAGAUUGUGUUCUUCUUCUUUCUGAAUAAAGGACUUGUACUAUCACUAUCUAGGGAUCGAUGCCAAUAAAUCAAAAGUGAUGUUUCUGAACAAAAUCAGAUACAAUCGCACAUUCAUAGAAGAAAAAAACUGCCAGUAGCAAUUCGUUGAGUCACCAAAAGAAAACCCAAAAGAACAAAAUUUUCUCCCCUUAUGUCCUUCCUUUCUAAUUCCCGAAGAUGCCUAACGAGUAUGGCGAGCCUUGCACCCAUCCAGACGGCCACAAGACCUCUAUGGAGCUCAAGGAAUGUAACACUCAGCCCUGUCUUGCCGUCAACUGUAAGUGGGGAGAGUGGUCAGCAUGGGGCGCCUGUACUUGCACGGGAUUGUCAGAAAGACACAGGUACUAUUGUCGUCCUUUUUGUUUUUUCUUCCAUUUUCUAUCUUUUCCAUCCAAGUUUGCCUACGUACAUGUUAACAUGCCAAAAAUCAUUCAACAACAGGAUCCAUUCAUUACGAAAAAAUCCAAGCAUGAAGAUCCUCUCCUACUCCUACCUACUUCUACCUGACCUUACCGACUACAUACCCUACAACUACCUCCAGGUCCAUCGCCGUCCACCAAGAAGGAGAAGGUAAGCUUUGUACGGGCAGCAAGAUCGAGACGCAAGUCUGUGAACCAGAUUGUACUAAGGAACCGGCAGACUGUGUGCUCUCUGAGUGGGAUGACUGGUCUCAAUGCACUUCAGCGUGCGGCGGGGGACAGACGUACAGGACGAGAGGCAUCCUCAAUUAAGGCUGGUCUACGUGGCAAAAAUAGAAUUAUUCAUGGUUUUUAAACAUUGUGUAAUCAGGAGAAUCAGAAAACUGACCCAGUGUCAGGUGCCCGAUAGAAGAACCAACACCGAGUUUCUUGUCCAAACCGAAUACUAGGCAUUAACAUUAAGACACGUACUUAUAAUGAAAAUUGCAACUACUUCUGGUUCUGACAGCUUUAACGCACAGAAGCCAAAAACGGUGGUAAGACUUGCGAAAACGAUAUUAUGAAGGAAACACGACCGUGCAACACUGAGGUCUGUUCGGUACCGAUCGACUGCGAAGCAGCGGAAUGGUCAAGUUGGUCCUCCUGCACAGCGAGUUGUGAUGGUGGCGUCCAAACCAGGAAACGUAAGAUUAUUCAGCACGCAGCAGCUGGCGGUAACCCUUGCGACUUUCCGUUGGAGCAGGUCGAGCCUUGUGGGACUGCACCAUGCAAAGAUCCAAUUGAUUGCGUUUUUAUGUUGAAACAAAGAAGUUCUUAGAAUUGUUUUGUGAGGUGGACCCUGUAGUCGUGACCGCUAUUUAUUUCAACGGCUUGAUGAAAAUAUUGAGCAGAAGCUCUCUAUAUUAAAUCUGCACUAGGACGAGUCGCUUGUGGCCGAUGUGGUUCCUCUCGUUUUGCUACGACAGAACAUGGUUCUUGGAAGUACUCCUGUGGAUGACAGCCCAGCCAUAAACUCACCUGCUCUAACAUUUGGGGCGAGUGGGCGCCGUGGUCAGAUUGCUCCGUUUCUUGCGAUGGAGGCCAGAAGACCCGCGACCGCAACAUUGCCAUCUCACCAAGAAAUGGAGGUCUCAUUUCUAACUUCUGGCUUCAUGAAAAAUGGAACUUUCGUUUCGUAGCGUUGUAGGCUCGUGAACAGUAACAAACGGCAGCCUCGUCUUCUAUACAUAGGUUGUAUUUUUUGCAUCCCCGGCGUCCGACGUCACUCCAAUCAACAACCCUCAACACAACAUCAGGUAAGCUCUGUGAAGCUCGUGCCAAAUCUGAAGUGGCUCCUUGUUCUACGCAGCAUUGCGGUGUCGGUUGCAUUGAUGGCGAGUGGGAACCCUUUAGCGAGUGGUCACCCUGCAGCGCUAGUUGCGGACAGGGUUACACGUUCAGAUCGAGAGCUUUAUGAUUGGAGAUGAGGAUGCACUUAGAGGAGAAUGUCGGGAUACUUAUUCUGUUGUGGUUCAACUGCAUUUGUUGAAGAUGAAGUUGAAAGUAUGAAAUAGGAGCUGUUCUUCUCAAUUGAAGAAAUCUCAUUGGAGUCAAUACAAUCCCUCUAACCCCCAUUGCCAUCGCUCCCAACCACUGUGGGAGAGAGCUUGAAGGUCUUGCUCAGGAGUACAAGAAGUGCAACGAGCAAGAGUGUAGUAGCGAAGCAGUCGAUUGCAUGUUUUCAGAGUGGACGUCCUAUGGUGACUGCGACGCAGAGUGCAACGGCGUGAAGGAUAGGACACGAAUGAUCACCACAACUGCAAGUGGAGGCGGAAAAGCAUGCUCUGGAUCGACGAAGGAGGUACAACGACUUCUUACAUACGUCCUGUCUUAGCCCAUAUUUUUGACACCGACCAGGAGCACCUUGGGGUUCUUCAGCAUCACGAAUAUUCUGUCCCAAAAAUUCCACAUCAGAUCACGUCUUGCAAUGUCCCUGGAGAUGGUUAUAGUGAGUGGGGUGAAGCUUGCAAACACCCACCUGCAGACUGCGUGUUGUCCGAGUGGAGUUAUUGGUCCGAUUGCUCUAGCGAGUGCGAAGGUGGCACCCAAGUUCGCACACGGGAGAUUACAACGCAACCUAGUGGGAAUGGUACUACUUGAUGAUCUCGUCAUGCCCAAUAUCAUCAAGUACAAUUAGAAACUCAACAACAUGCCUCUUCAUGCCCAAUUAAAAACUCAACAUGUCAUCUUCUUGAGCAUUCAUUUCAUCCUGACCUGCACCUUCUGCUUAUUAUAACAUCAAUCGUGAUUCAUUGCCUAUAAUCCUCCAAACAUUAUUGGCACCAACGAACAGAAACAUCCAUCAAACACAACAGGCAAGGCAUGCGAGGGCUCUCUCUCACAAGUGCAAGGCUGCAACCAAUUCAAGUGCGCUGAUGCAGUCGACUGCUUGUGGGGUGAAUGGCAGUCGUGGGGCGCCUGUUCCGUCCAGUGCGGUAGCGGUGAGAGGAGUCGUUUCCGUCAUAUCUCUACUUAAGUCUUAUUUGUAGUAACUCGUCUUCACGGUCUUCACAGAGUAUGUUCUUUCUCAGUUUCCUCCGGCGGGGUUCAUGUCAGAGUUGUAGGUUUGUAUGUUCUUUCUCAGUUUCCUCCUGCGGGGUUCAUCUCAGAGUUGUAAGGCCGUGAAAGAUGAGUUAACUAUUGUGAGCUCUAACCUACGAUGCCCAAAAACGGAGGCAACCCGUGCGACAGCAAGACUUCAGUCGAAGUGGAAGCCUGCAAUGAGCAACCCUGUGGCGAGCUGCAGUAUUGUGCCUGGGAAGAGUGGUCUCCAUUUUCGGAGUGCACCACAACGUGCGGACCUGGACAGAAGAUCAGAAGCAGGUACGUGCUGUUUUAGCUAACUAAGGUUCUAGCUGACUAGGUACAUGAAUACUUAAGCCACGACUGGAACAUAGUAGAAGAACUGUAGUUCUUUUACAUACGGGCACGAAGACCAUGCUUCUCUUGGAAAAGAAUCAAGUCCUAUAAUCUUCUUACUCAUGAUGCACAUACUACGAUUUCCUUGUCUCCCAAAAUAUAAAUAGAUCCUCACCCCCCAAAAAAAAAACAGGAAGCUGUCCCUUACCACAUCGCCGUACAAUUCCGAAGACGUUUUAGUGACAGGCCUUUUGUCCCAACUCUUUGGAUCUAGUAGUGGUUCUUUGAUGUCUGCGACAUCCUCCAAGCUGGACUCUACUCUCCUCGCCUUCUUCAGCGGUAUGGCUAUGAGCGUGGCUAUUUUGGCACUGGCCUACGCAGGCGUCAGGCGAUCCUCGUUGCGUGGUGGAGCGCUUGGUACAACAGGUGAGGGCAUAGAAAUGUUUACGCCGGUCGAAGGACAUGAACCGUUCAUUGAGUAAGGGAUUAAGAUGGUAGAGUAGUAAGUUUUUGUUGAAGUACAAGUAGCUCAGUCUACUACAACUCGAUGAAGAAAUCGGAGGUUCAAGUUGAAGUCAAAACAGCUUGCUUAGUCGUCUUUUCGUAAAAUUAAGUACUGCUUUUCGUAACACAUCAGAUUAACAACUCUCGCUUUUGUUAUUGUUUGUCUUUGUCUAUACUCGUUAUUAAGCUGGGUUGAGGUAUUGUUAUUGGUAUUAUUAGAGGGUACGUAAAACUAAAAAGUGAUAACCGCUGAUGUUGAGAAACCAGAAGACAAUGUAUGAGCAGAGGAUGUCAUCGUAGCAGAAUGUCAUCGUAGCAGGUAGUAGUCCUAGCAGGUGCUCCGUGCUCCAUGCAGAAAUGAUGUAUCUAUAAGUAGUUCAAUCUUAAUCUGUUGCUCUCUUGUCCUCAUGAAGGGAGAAGAUUACAUAAAACGCUUCUGGCUAUUGAUAAGUAGAUAUACACCCGAUUCGACGAGAAAAAAGCAAUGAACUAUCACAUGCAUAAUUUUCAUAAUGUCAGAACUUCGAGGAGCAAAUAUAUCCAUCGUAGGAUCUAUUAUCCUCUUUGCUAAUGUUGAUCUGUACUCGACUACUGUCAUGAUCCUCACUAAUCACAACGAACCCAUCCUGUGUCGUAGCCCUCGAUUCUGAAGUAGAGGCUAUGGGGCACGAUACCACAGAAUAGCUGUUGGGCCGCCCUCUCGUACUUCAGAAUCGCUGUUGGGCCUUCAAUUUUCCUGUUUCAAACCAUUUUUUUUUGCUAUUUCAUUCUUGUUCACCUACUUUCAACAUCUGGCAGACUCUGGAUGGGAUUCUUAAGACGACAGAUGAGAUAAGAAAUUUUUGCUGUCUAGAAAUGGACCAAAUUAUAGUACACCAAGCAAAGGUCAGCAAGAUUCAAUAUUAGCCUUGCAGGCCACUGCAACUCAGGCUAUAUGCUGGAAC